UUGCACGAGCAGCUACAUGUGACUGGACAUACUCCUCUAUUUAUAACAUCUAAGAGCAAGGACCCGGUGUGACAUAUGCAAGGGCAGACGGACAUCAGAGCUGAAAUGUCACCACAGGGAGAAAGUAGUGACACCUUCAAACUGGACUCUUCGUCCGUCUGCUACAGAUUGUGGAGCAUGUGAGGUAUCAAAAUGGAUGAUUUAGAUCACAGCAUGCGCAUUGCAGAAUAUGACUGGGUGAGCUUCUAUGACGACAGUGAGGAGUGUGGUCUGCUGCAGCCUUCGCUCGCCUGGCCUGAUAACUCAAGCCUAAGUGAUUCAGAGGAUUCAGAACUCAAGUUCAACGCUGGCCAACAGGAGCCGCGGCAGAGCCCUGCUGCAAACAGCGAUGAAGCUGAAAGCAACGCAGCAGGAUGCUGCAUGGAAGAAGUGCAGAUUAAUCAGAGUGGCUCAGCAGGAGAACAAGAUCUUGCAGCAAAAGCUGAAGAAGAUACACUGGUGAAGCCUGACGUAUGCCUUGGUUAUGCUGAAGGAAAUACCAUGAAGACAGAGGAGGUGUUCUUGAGGACUGCAGAGGAGACAAAUGAAAGCGUCACAACCACACUGCAAACUGACGUGAAAAGGGAGAGUGACACAUCUAUACAUGGACCUGACCUACUUUGUUGCAACCAAACAGAAGAGAUAGUGAAGGAGUCACACACCUCAGACAGAGCUGCGAGCGAGGGUGUGAGCAUCGUCACUUUAAGAGCAGAGAAAGAGCGCUGGUUCGUGACACUGAAUGACAUUCCUGCACGACAGCGAGUGCGUGCCACGUCUGUGAAAAAAAAACGAAGACAAAAAAAACCUUGUAAGAACAAUCACGUGUGCAGAACCCUCGGGCAGGAGAAAUCGCUUGAAAAUAGCUCGGAGUUAAAAAUAACCAAAGAUAAUAAUGAAUCUGAAGGAGGAAGAGAGAGAGAGUGUGUCACACAAUCGAACCAAAACUCAGGAGGGUAUCCGAGUGUUGAAGGAAAACCUGAGAGCGCUCAGACGGGAGUCAUUUCAGAGGUAUCGCAGAUGUGUUUAACAUCUGGUGAAGGAGACAAUUUGUCAGAACAACUGGUAGCGCCUCAUCUCUCUGAGCCAACCAUACACGGAAAGAAACACGAGACAAACAGCUCAGCAUCCACAUCACAUGACACAUUUACAGACAAAGAGCCUUCACGGAUGGACAGCGUGGAGUCUGACGAGCUUGGAGACAGCGCUGAGUUCUUCUCCACUCACAGUUACGAUUCUGAAAGCUAUCUGUCAGCUACUGAGUCGGUGGAGGAACCUCUGCAUCCUCCCAUGGAAAGUCAGCAACUGCAGAGCUCAUCACCUCUGACAAAAAACUGCUCGACUGAGAAUACAGACGCUGACGAUACACAGGACAGAGAAGUGCAUUCUUGUCAUAGCACUGUCUCUUGCAAUGUAACUCAUAACUGUGAAGUUUAUGAAAGCACCGGCGUUGAGCCUACUUUCACAUUUCCAUGUGUUACCCAAAGUGUGAACAAAAUGCCAGAUGACAGCUCCACAUGUGAUAACGACACACACAGCACGGUGCUCCACACGCCCUCGGAUACACCUGGAUUUCAAAAGCAUGACAUCAAUCUUUCAGCAUCUGGUUGCUCUUCAGGAGAUCAGUUCAGUCUUCCCUCUGUCCCCGAUGUCAUCCUAACACCUUGUUCUGUGGCUGACAGCCCCGAGACAUAUGCCGAAGCCGUGGGCAACACUCGACCUGUGUUCGCAAUUUCUGCUUUUUGGGAUGAAAUGGAAAAAUUGACCAUAAAUGACAUUUUGCAGCUCAGAGUGGGUAGAAGCACACCGCCUAGAGACAUGCAAGAAACAGCGAGACCAAAUGUAGAUGACUUCCCAAGAAACGAGAGUUCUUUGGUUGACACUGGGGAGUAUAAUUCGUCUGAUGGUGGUCUAAUGGAUACCGACACCACUGACUCGGACUAUUUCACGCAGACUGACGAAUCCAAACCAGAUCGCUCAAGCUGUGACUUUUCCAGCUCCGAUUUUGAAGAGGAGUACUGGCAGUUUCUUGGCACCAGCAGGAACUCCAGUCCUGACCCUCAAAGCAAAAACCAACAAAGGACAAAGGACUCUUGUUUCUUUGCACGUGAAGAAGAGGACUCCACAGGCUCUGAGGGAAAGGAGACGCCUGUACCUUCAGAAGACUUUGCAGGGGAAGGUUUUGAGGAUCAGGACUCCAACGGUUUGAUUUCAAGUGACCUUGCAUGGCCAAGACGGAUAACAAAAAGCAAAAGUGUGCGCAACAUACGAGAUCUUAACACAGAGGAUUUAUCUUCGCGGUUGUUGCUUGGUAAUGAUGAGAACAGUCCGCUCCUCAGCAGCUGUCCAUCCCUGGAGGAAAAUUUGGUUUUAAAAUCAAGUGACAGCCUGGAGACACUAAUACCUGCACAUUUUCUAUCCAACACGGACAUACUGGAUGAACAUACUCAAAUAACCUUCCCUGAUGUGUUUUUCACAGAAGAUAAAGUAAAGACAGACUCCCGGUGCAUCACUGUCUAUGAUCCAGAGGACAUCUCAGUGGCUCCUAUGUUUGACUACACUGUUUGUGCGUUCAGGGAUGAAACGUCUUUCUCCUCCCUCAGUGAGUCCCAGUGCAGCGAAGAGAAACCCAUCCCCAUUUUCUCUUGCUGUCAUCCUACCGUCAGAGAACUCACAAUCCCAAAUCCGGGCUAUGUUUUCCUGAGUGCAGGCUGCAAAGAGAGAGGUGAAAUCUCUCCAAUCAAAGUUGUGUCUCGCUCGUUGAUCCAGGACAUCAGUUAUAGGACGUCUGCAGCGUCAGGAUUUCACAGCUGGAAAAGUUUCUUGUCCAUAAGGAAGAUUCGGUUCCAGGACAAAGGUAGCAUCUGGUGCAGUGAGUCCGGUGCCUGGGUGUUUCCAGCUGAGGCUGAGAAGAUUACCAUCAAGACAGCCGAUCCACCAAUAACUGCGGUCAUUGAAGGGACCGUCUGUUCAACUCCUUCUCAGUUGUGUAGAGAGCUAGCCAUGCAGCAGAGGAUUUUGGAAACCAUACAGACAACAAGGCGAGAAGGCAUCUUCUCCACACUGAAGCAGUCAGAUAUGUGUUUGGUCUGCAUUGCUUUUGCCUCCUGGGUAUUAAGAUCCUCCGAUCCAGAGGCUGCUGAUACCUGGAAAGCAGCUCUGCUAGCAAACGUGAGUGCACUAUCGGCUAUCCAGUACCUCCGGCAGUAUGUGAAGAAGAAGAAGCCCUUUCAAGAUGAUCCCUGAUGCGUACACACACACACGAGAUGUCAUUUCCAAACAUUUUCACUUGGGUCCAUUGAUGAAUAUACAGUAUGUCUACUCUAUAUAUACAUGUCUACUGUCUCAGUGUAUGCAUUGGUUUCCAACAAACAAUACAGCUUGUAAAGUUGAAGUUAGAAAGCUGAUGAUUUAGCCUGGAGCUUGUUGGACAUUUUAGUUGAACAGAUGCUGAUACAUGGACCAGUCUGUCAGUACAGAAGCUCAAACUUUUUAACAUGUUGUUUGUGAACGCCCUGUUGUGCCUAAAAGGUGGCUUUGUACGUCAUACAGCUGCAAUCAAGUUAGAAUGGCAGCUUGUAGAGUUUGAGCAGAUGCAAAGUUUAUGCAGAGGAUAAAAAAAGGGAUGAAAACCUUGUGUUGUAGAUAUUGGCCUGGUUUGUAUGUAUGCUGUAAGAAAAGAUUCAGUAGGUGACUGCAUGAGCUGUGUGAUGGGAGAGCAUUGUCUAAAACAGAGUUGUGAGUGUUUCAGAGUGAUUUUCCAUUUCAUUCAAAGAAUUUCUACUCGCCUGAAGAGGUAAACCUAUCCAGUAUUACACUAUACAGUCGUUAAGAUUUGAGACAAACCUGAAGAUUUUUGUUCUUGUUGGCUGCUCCUGUAAAAAAAAAAAAACAAUCCCUUUGAUUCAUCUCAGGACCCCCCAGGUUAGGAACCACUGGUCUAAAACUGAAGCCAGUGUAUCUGCUGUGAUGUAAAAACACACUGCAUGUAAGCUUUAAGAAUAGAAAAUUCAUAGCUUUGGCUAUUUAUAUAAGC